AUGAACGGCCACAAGAUUGAGCGUUUCCACGUCUCGGCCACUGGCCACAGCCUCAACUACCUGCCAGAAUACAUCGCACAGCGGCAUGGCUUCUUCGCAGAACAGGGCCUCGAGGUCACCGUCUCGGUCCCUUCGCCUUGGGACCGCGUGCUGAACGAGCUCGCAGACGGAACGGCAGCUGCUGCUCUCGGAGGCGUCUGGGUGCCGUCCAUGUACUAUGGUCGCGUGAAGAACUACACAGCGUUUGCGCAGGUCGCGAACCGUGCCCCUCUUGCACUUGUUGGGCGUCGGAGAGAAGGCGAGGGGUUCAAGCUAGCCGACACAAUUGGACGAACUGUCUUGAUGAAGGGUAGCAACGGUGCCAGCGUCGGGCUGUUCUUCAAGAUGCUGCUCCGGGAGAACGGCAUUGACCCCAAGGCAGUCGAGUUUAUCCAGGAUCUUGAUGGCGCCAUGCUGGGUUCCCUCUUCGCAGGCGGCAUGGGAGACUUCCUGCUAGUCGACAACCUCUCUGCGCGAGCGCUAGUGGCGCGCCACCCGGAACGCCUCGCCAUCGCGAUGGAGACGGUGAGCACAGGAGAGGAGAUCCCUUGGAGCGUAUACUACCGAGAGACAGACACCAUCACGCCCGCCGUGUUAGACGUGCAGGAGCGAUUCUGCAUAGCGCUGGGCAAGGGCAUGGACUGGGUGCUGGCGCACGACGCCGAGACGUUCCGGGAUGAGCUCGCCGAGAUAUUCCCCCGCUUCCCGGUCGACACGGUCGUUGACCUUUGCAACACGUUCCGACGGGAUGGCAUGUGGACGACCCCGGUGGUGUCGAAGAAGGGCUAUGAGAGGUGGCAGCGCGGCAUAGCAGACGGGCACCUAACGAGGAAGCCGCUUUCGUAUGAAGAGCUCAUCGACAACGGUCCGGCAUCAGCAGCACAGGCCCAGAAGACGAGCGGAUCAUCUUGA